AUGGCGCCCGGGGGCGCCUGGCACGCGCCCCUGUUCGUGCCGUACGCGCUCUACGGCCGCGUGGACCGCCUGUACGGGGCCGGGGCGUGGGAGGCGCGCAACGGCUUCACGGGCGCGCAGGCGGGGCUGAACGUCGUGGAGAGCGUGGGUUACGCGGCGUAUUUGUGGGUGGUGUGGCGGUAUGGGGAGGAGGAUGAUGGGGGGAAGAGGGUGGUCGGGGGGGGCUACAUGGCCUAUGAGUUCGCGCGAGACAUAUUGCACGGUCUCUCCAUCGCAAGUGGCGACCGGAGCAGCAAGCCUGCUAGGGCAGCAACGCCGACCAAGGAGGAGUGA